UGUCGAUGUCAUGAUUGUGUACCGGUUGUCUCACCUUACAAUUACACCAUAUUACUACGCUUUUGAAAUGGGGAAAACAAAAGCGGAGAGAUUGUUUGAUUAUGUCUCUCAAGGUAAAGUCAUUAAAGUGAAAUCGUUCUUGAAAAGGCACCACAAGUUUGACUUAAAUAUCGUUACUUCUCGGCUACAGAGAACGCUUCUUCAUGUUGCCUGUACCUCCGGCGACGAUGCGGUGUUACGCGUUCUGCUCAAGCACGGCGCCCGGGUGGAUGUCCAGGACAUUGAGGGUGACACUCCAUUACAUCUGGCUCUGCAAAGAGUGUUACAUGGCCACCGACAUGCUUUCAAAGACCUGGUGAUACCAAUAUUGAAAAGUUGCCCGCCAAACAUCCUUGAUGUAGCUAACAACCGAGGGCACACUUGUAGACAGCUCCUUAGGGAUGCUGAUCAACUGCAACAGGAAUCUAGUGAACACCUGAGCCAAGAUUCUGCAGAGGCAAGUGAGGAGGAGCUGAAGCGGAAGGAAGAGGCGGAGUGGCGGGCGAGAGUACAAGAAGAGUGGGCAGAUGAGACGGCAGGCAUGUGGGAAGAAAACACCACUUGGGAUGAACAAGGAUAUACCGGUCAAAGCAAAGAAUCCUAUGAUGAAUGGGCCAGCAGGAUUGCCUCAGAGCACCAUCAGAAACAGCAGCAACAAUUCAACCCAUCAAGAAGAACCCAUCGUACCAAAAGAGACAAGGAAAGGGAUCAGCAAAAAGAGGAGAAGCGGAAAUUCCAAGAGAAGUUGCAGGCGGAGCACGAGCGAUACCGACAGAGGCGCUCGGAACGCCUCCAAAAGAAACUUCUUAGGCAGAAGGAGGAGUAUCUACAAAGAUGUGCGGAAGUGUUUAACGGAGAGGAUACGGUUUUAGACUCGAUAGGGUAUGACGAUCUACCUUGGCCAUGCCGUCAUGAUGACCCGGAUAAAAUGAUGGAAGUUCUCAUGUGCGACGUGGACAAGAAUAACGAGACGGAGAUGAAGAGGUUCAUGAGGUCUCAGCAACUUCUUUGGCAUCCGGAUAAAUUCAUGCAGAAGUGUGGCAGUAGGUUAGUGGAGGACGACCGGGGUAAAAUUUUAGAGCGAGUAACUAAGUUGUCUCAAGCCCUUAACCGAGUGAGCAAGGAGGACAAAGACAGGUGAUUGGUCUACAAGCCUGUAUGAUCUGUUAAUUGAAAGGCAAGGGCACCAAGGCAUUUUCUACUUGGUAGAGGGCACUCUAUGAGGAAAUUGUAAAUUUCUACUGGAGCAUUGCAGGGCACCAAGGCGAAAAACCAAGGGGCACUGAGGCAAUCUUUGAACACAGCUUAGCACAUCUUCUUCAUGUUACAAAUUGUGCAAUUAUUUUUUAAUUUCAGUGGGCAGUUUGUAGUUUGCCCCUUGGGAGUUUAGUUGUCUUGCUCUUGCUCUUACUGGAGCAUUUCAAGGGUCGCAAGGCAUGUUCUCCUUGGUAAAGGGCACCCUAAGAGGAAUUUGUAAAUUUCUACUGUAGCAUUUCAAGGGCACCAAGGCAAAAACCAAGGGGCACGGAGGUAAUCGUUGAACACAGCUUUAACGCAUCUUCUUCAUGUUACAAAUUGUGCAAUUAUUUUUUAUUUCAGUGGGCAGUUGGUAGUUUGCCCCUUGGAAGUUCAGUGGUCUUGUGUUUUUUAAAUAAUGACUAGUGAAUGUUCAGUUUAUUGCUAACUGGCAUAAUUUGAUAUACAAUUUUAAGUGGUCAACAGCACUGUUCACUACGUCUAUUUCAUGGUGAGUUUAUUAUACCAUAGAGUAAGGACCUUGUGGACUACAGCUAAUUUGCAUUUUUAUGAUUGAAGGAAUGAAUCAUUUUCUUCAAGGGGUGGUGCAAACCGUAUUACAAUACAGGGCAAGUCUGACGACUAGGCCGAUAUAUAAGUAAAGUGGGGUUUUCCAAAGGUGCAUGGGCAUCAAUGGGGUGGGGGGGGGGUGUCAUUUACCCCAUGCUAGUUAUGCCACUGGUGGUCAGUCAUUGUGGUAGAAUGUUUUGUAAUACAAAAAUAUACAAUAAAAGCCUCUUGGUUUCAAUGAAAGGUGUUGUGGUCAUCAGUACUUCAUGCAAUACAUUGUAAAGAAUUCAAACUGUAUGGCUUGACUUUCUGUCUACCUCCAUGGCUUGACAGUCAUAGCAGAGACAUAUAAAUAAUAGAUACAUGUUAACUUACACUCGCUCUGAGGAUGACUAGUGAAACUAGUCAAAACG